UCCUCCCUUCCCCUCUCUCUCUUCUCUCUCUCUCUCAAGAAAGGAGAAGAUAACCAUCGUCGGCAUGCUCCCCCACAUGCCCUAAUAAUCCAAAGCUCCAUUCCCAUUCGCAAACCCCAAUCGAAUUAAUCAUCAAAGCCGGUUCUUUUGAUCCCAAUCCAGCCUCACAUGGAGGAAAAAAUCUGAUCUUUGCAUGUGACCACCACCUGGAAUCCCUGCAAGAAUCCACCGCCCCAGAAGGGGGAGAAAAGGGGGGAGCGAGCAAGCAAGCAAGCAAUCAAUCCCAUUGCUUUGCAUUUCCUCCUUCCCUUUGGCCGCCAUAAACCUCACCUAAAGCUUCUUGGUAGCCACAGAUCGUGUCGUGUUCAUCCGAGAAUCGGCCGAGGCGAGAGGCCCCCCCGCCGCGAGAUCCAGUAUUUUUUUUUGGCGUUGUUCAAUCCAAAUCCGUAGGAAUUUCGAGGAGGAGGAGGCGAGAAUCGCAAGAGGAAGCUUCCGAUUUCGAUCGGCAAUGCAGCCGGACCCGCAGCCGCAUGGGCCGGGGAGGGAGAAGGGCGGGGCGGCGAACGCGCACCACCCGCGGCUGCCGCCGCCGGUGACGGCGCCGUCGGUGGGGCGGCCGGCGUCGGUGCUGCCGCACAAGACGGCGAACGUGCGGGACCACUACCGCAUCGGGAAGAAGCUCGGGCAGGGGCAGUUCGGGACGACGUACCUGUGCGUGGGCAAGGCGGACGGCGGCGAGUACGCGUGCAAGUCCAUCCCCAAGCGGAAGCUGUUGUGCCGGGAGGACUACGAGGACGUGUGGCGCGAGAUCCAGAUCAUGCACCACCUCUCCGAGCACCCCAACGUCGUCCGCAUCCGCGGCGCCUACGAGGACGCGCUCUUCGUGCACAUUGUCAUGGAGCUCUGCGCCGGCGGCGAGCUCUUCGACCGCAUCGUCGCCAAGGGCCACUACAGCGAGCGCGCCGCCGCGCAGCUCAUCAGGACGAUCGUCGGGGUGGUCGAGGGGUGCCACUCGCUCGGCGUCAUGCACCGGGACCUCAAGCCGGAGAAUUUCCUCUUCGCCAGCACCGCCGAGGACGCCCCGCUCAAGGCCACCGAUUUUGGGCUCUCUGUGUUCUACAAGCCCGGCGACAAAUUUUCUGAUGUUGUUGGGAGCCCUUAUUAUGUCGCACCUGAGGUACUUCAGAAAUGCUAUGGCCCAGAAGCUGAUGUCUGGAGUGCUGGAGUAAUUCUGUACAUUUUGCUGUGCGGUGUGCCCCCAUUUUGGGCAGAAACUGAAUCUGGAAUCUUCAGGCAGAUUCUGAGAGGCAAACUUGAUUGUGAAUCUGAACCAUGGCCUAGUAUAUCUGAUAGUGCUAAAGAUCUAGUCCGUAAGAUGCUUAUCCGAGAUCCUACAAAGAGAUUGACUGCUCAUGAGGUUCUCUGUCAUCCGUGGAUUGUUGAUGAUGCUGUGGCACCUGAUAAGCCUAUUGAUUCUGCUGUUUUGUCAAGGCUGAAACACUUUUCUGCAAUGAACAAACUCAAGAAGAUGGCACUGAGGGUUAUUGCUGAAAGCCUAUCUGAAGAAGAGAUAGGAGGUUUGAAGGAAUUGUUUAAAAUGAUUGAUACUGACAAUAGUGGGACAAUAACUUAUGAUGAACUGAAGAAUGGCCUGAAAAGGGUGGGCUCAGAUCUAAUGGAACCAGAAAUCCAGGCUCUAAUGGAUGCUGCUGAUAUUGACAACAGCGGAACCAUUGACUACGGUGAAUUCUUAGCAGCUACAUUGCACAUGAAUAAGCUGGAGAGGGAGGAAAACUUGGUGUCAGCGUUCUCCUUCUUUGAUAAGGAUGGAAGUGGCUUCAUAACCAUUGAUGAACUCUCACAAGCCUGUGAGCAGUUUGGCAUUUCUGAUGUUCAUCUUGAGGAUAUGAUCAAAGAUGUGGAUCAAAAUAACGAUGGACAAAUUGAUUACAGUGAAUUUGCUGCGAUGAUGAGAAAGGGCAAUGCUGGUGGAGCAGGAAGGAGAACAAUGAGGAACAGCUUGCAUGUGAAUCUUGGUGAUAUCUUGAAACCCAGCGAAAACUGACUCGAAGAAUAGGGUCCUGAUCUUCUCAAGUUUUGCAUGCCUGAUCAGCUGGACUUAUCAGAACACAUGAUUUAGUGACUGAUAUGUCAUCUGUUGUUUGUUCUGUCCAGAUGCUGUGAAAUUUCCGUAGUAGCAUUAGUUGUAGAGAGCAUACUAUGGUACAACUGUAACAAAAUUUAGGUUCAAGACAAGUGGAGAUUGUAUGUUAAGUUGCUCAUAUCAGUCUUUUUCAUCAUGGAUAAAUGUUGAUGAUUUUAUGUUGUAUUGGAAUUCCACUGUUGUUAAUGUAUUGUUUUUUCCUUAUAGUUCCAAUAA